CCUUUUCUUCCUUUAUAACUUUCCUUUGCUCGGGCUAACAUGGACGCUAGAUCAGUGGAGGAGCUCUUGUCUCAGAUUGCGAGAGCCCAGGACUCGGAAACCAUUCGUACCAUCACCUCGACCUUGAACACGCAAGUGUAUGUUUCCCCUGAAUGUAUUCCUGCUUUGGUGCAAGUUAUUAGCACCAACCCCAUGGUUGAAGUGCGCCAACUUGCCGCGGUCGAACUUCGUAAGCGCGUCUCCAAGUGGUGGCUCAAGUUGGACGAAGCUGCCCGUGCCCCCGUUCGCGCUCAGUUGCUUCAGGUUGUUCUUACCGAACAAAACAAUCUCGUACGCCAUGCCAUUGCCCGUGCCAUUUCGUCCGUUGCACGCAUCGAUAUUGCGGAGAACAAGUGGCCCGAGUUGUUGGCUUUCUUGAACCAAGCUAGCUCGAGCCAGAACGUCGCCCACCGUGAAGUGGGUAUCUACUGUAUUUAUACCCUCUUUGAGGUUAUUGCCGAGUUCUUGAUGAACCAGACGGCCUCGCUUUUCGAACUCUUCUCCAAGACCAUUGUUGAUCCCGAGAGCGCAGAAGUACGCGCUACCACCGUUCUUGCUCUUGGCAAGUUGGCAGAGUUCAUUGACCCCGAAGAUAAGGAAAACAUCACUUCGUUCAAGCAAAUGAUUCCUGCCAUGGUAAACGUGUUGCAGGCUUCGCUUAAGGAAAACGACGAUAAGAACGCCCGAGAAAUCUUUGAGGUCAUUGAGAACUUGUUCAUGUUGGAUACGCCAUUCCUCACUGAACACCUUGCUGAUCUCAUCCGUUUCUUAUUGACGGUUGCUUCCAGUCGCGAGUUGGAUGACUCGCUUCGUGAAUUGGCGUUGAACUCGCUCAUGUGGGGCUCCAUCUACAAGCAGAGCAAGAUCAAGUCGCUCAAGCUUGUCGCUCCAAUCAUCGAAAACGUCAUCCCUAUUGGCACUGAGGAAGACCCUGAGGAUGUAGAUGACGACUCUCCAUCACGAGCGGCAUUCAAGGUUUUGAACGCACUUGCAUCCAACAUGCCUCCUCAGCAGAUCGUUCCCAUCAUCUUGCCUCUUGUUGUGAGCUACAUGCAGAACUCAUCUCCUGGCCACCGCAAGGCUGCCAUGAUGAGCGUUGCCGUUAUUAUCGAAGGCUGUGCCGAGUACAUUUCCACGAUGCUGAACGAAAUACUCCCCAUCGUGUGCGCUGGUCUGCAAGAUCCCGAAAUGAUCGUCCGCCGUGCAGCCUGCAUGGCUCUCAGCUGCCUUGCAGAAGAGCUGCCUGUCGAAAUGGCCGAGCACCACCAGGCCAUCAUGACGCUCGUGUUCAACCUGCUGAACGAUACCAACCCAGAAAUCACCAAGCACGCCUGCAACGCGCUUGAUCCGAUGCUCGACGGCCUUGGUGGCGAGGUCAUCCAAUACCUCCCCAUGUUGAUGGAGAAGCUUGUCUGGUUGCUCGACAACGGCACGCACACGGAUACCAAAGCAACCGCAUUGGGUGCCAUUGGCAGCGCAGCCCACUCUGCCAGCGAAGGAUUCCAGCCUUACUUUGGCCAAGUCAUGCCCCGCAUCCGCCAGUUCAUGUCCGCCACCAACGGCACUGACGAGUCCUUGUUGCGUGGCGUUGCUACCGACACCGCAGGCGCCAUUGCCGAAGCUGUGGGAGCUGACAUGUUCCGUCCUCACACUGAGGAUUUCAUGAAUCUUGCAAUCGAACAACUCCACCUCGACUCGCCGCGUCUCCGUGAAUGCGCCUAUGCAUUUUUCUCGGUGAUUGCCGGUGUUUUUGGCGAAGAGUUUGCUCCGUUCUUGCCAACAAUCAUGCCAGCGAUCUUGCACUCAUGCAAGGCCGAGGAAGGCAACGAGCCGACGUUGGAGACCGAGAUCGACUUGACUGCUGCAGGUGAUGACGACGAAGACGAGGAUGAGGAUGACUCGAGCAGCCUCAACUUCAACUCGGCGGUUGCGGAUGAAAAGGAGUUUGCUUGUGAUGCCCUGGGUGAGCUGUUUGAAAACACCCGCAGCCACUUCUUGCCCUAUGUCGACGAGUCGCUCCAGGCUUUGGUCGAGGCUACCGGUAACCUCUUUGACGGAGUCCGUAAGGCUUCGCUUGGCAGUUUGUUCGCUUACAUCAAGACAUUCUACUCGCUGUCCAGCAACGGCGACUGGGUCCAGGGCUUGCCUGUCAACUAUGCUGUGCACGAGAACGUCCAAAAGAUCCUGCAGUUGGCCAUUCCCACUAUUCUCACCAUGUGGAGUGACGAGGACGAUCGUAUGGUUGCGGUGCAGAUCUGCAAAGAGUUGAUUCAGGCACUCAAAUUAAUGGGCCCUUGCGUUGUUGCAGAUCACGUCGAGGAGAUUUCUGACCAUAUCUUGGAAAUCUUUGAGAAGCGAUCCACUUGCCAGGAGACCUAUGACGUUGAGGAUGUGGAUGAUGAAGACGAGGAGGCCGAAUCUGAGUCCCUGUUGAUUGCAGCAGCAGCGGACUUGGUGGCUGCACUUUGUGAAACGAUCGGUCAAGGCUACGUGUCCUACUUUAACGUAUUCUUGCCACAAAUUGCCAAAUAUUAUAAAUCCACCAAGGGUGCUGGUGAACGUUUGAUGGCCACUGGCUGUCUGGGUGAAUGCGUUGGUGGCAUCAAGGCCGGCGUUACUCCACACACCGAGAUGCUUCUUCAAGUGUUCUUGAAGGCCGCCGGUGACGAAGAGGAGACUGUACGAAGCAAUGCUGCCUUUGCACUGGGGAUCCUUGUAGCCAACACUGAAACCGAUCUCUCCCAGCAAUACCCGGCGAUCUUGUCUGCGCUGCACCCUCUGUUUGAGAACCAGAGCCUUCCGGGCACUACGGACAACGCCUCCGGUGCAGUUGCACGAUUGAUCCUCGCACACCCUAAUGCGAUUCCGCUCGAUCAGGUACUACCCGUGUUCCUGAAUGCCCUUCCCUUAAAGUUUGAUUAUGCCGAGAAUGAACCUGUGUUUGAAUGUCUGUUCCACCUCUUCCGUGCCAACAACCCAUUCGUGAUGGGACACAUCCCUCAAUUCUUGCCGAUCUUCUCAAGCGUGCUCUCCAGUGAGGAGCAACUUGCUGAUGCCACCCGGGCACAGUUGAUUGAGCUCCUUCGCGCACUGAAUGCACAGUCGCCUGACCUCAACCUGGCAUCCACUGAUUUGGGACGUUUCCUGUAAAAAAAAAACAAAACACAAAAAGUAGUAGUAGUAGUAGUAGCCGUACUGCACCUUUGCUAGCUAGAUUUUCUCUCACUCAUAUAUAUAUAUGUAUACACAUAACUACACAUAGUAACUUACCAUUCUUUCCCCUCUAUCUCACAUUUAUUUUCCCUUUCUCUCUAUCUCUCUCUUCGUCCUCUUAUUGUGUCUUCACUAAAUAUCAUCUUAUCAACGCCCAUAUAUACGCUACUAACAUGCAGAAAAGGUAAAGUAGGAGCAGAAGCGUGGAUGGUGU